UUUCGCAUUUGAGAGUAUUAUUCGCCGGCUUCGGAUUUUACGCGUCUUUACGACCCAACUAUCUUUCCACGACUAUUCUGAUCCGAAACACGACUGUCAUCAUGGCUGAUCAAAUCAACAUGGGUGGUCUCUCCCUCAAUGAUGGCGUCCAGCAGGGCCCUGCUCAGGGUCAACGAUCCUACAUCCCCCCUCACAUGCGCCGCCAGGGUGGCCCUCCUCAGGGUGGUCCUCCCGCUAUGAACGGUGGUCCUUCUCCUGCUGGACCUGGUCCCAACGGUCUCGGCAACAGUGCCUGGGCUAACCAAAACUAUGGUGCCCGUCAGUCCAACUGGGGCAACGACGUUCCUACCUACCAGAACAACAACAACAACCGCCGAGGCGGCUGGGGCGGUCGAGGUGGUUACAGCGGUGGUGGCGGCAACUUGGAUGGUCACUCUGGCGGCGGCGGUGGUCACACUGCCCGCGGCUCUGGUGAUGGCCAGUGGCGCGAUGGAAAGCACGUUCCUGGCCCGGCUAACCCCCGUGUCGAGCGCGAGCUUUUCGGUACCCCCGACGACCCUUCUAAGCAGCACACUGGUAUCAACUUCGAGAAGUACGAUGACAUUCCCGUUGAGGCUUCUGGUCAUGAGGUUCCUGAGCCUGUUCACCAGUUCACCACUCCUCCUCUGGACGAGCAUCUUUGCCGCAACAUCGAGCUCGCUCACUACAAGGUUCCCACUCCUGUCCAGAAGUACUCGAUUCCCAUCGUUAUGGGUGGUCGUGAUCUGAUGGCUUGUGCUCAGACUGGUUCCGGAAAGACGGGUGGUUUCUUGUUCCCCAUCCUCUCUCAGUCUUUCCUCAACGGCCCUUCUCCCGUGCCCGCUAAUGCCGCUGGCCAGUUCGGCCGUCAGCGUAAGGCUUACCCAACCGCGUUGAUUCUUGCCCCUACCCGCGAGCUUGUCUCCCAAAUUUUUGAGGAGUCCCGAAAGUUCGCCUACCGAUCUUGGGUCCGACCUUGCGUUGUCUACGGCGGUGCCGACAUUGGUUCCCAGCUCCGACAGAUUGAGCGUGGCUGCGAUUUGCUUGUUGCUACUCCCGGUCGAUUGGUCGAUCUCAUAGAACGAGGCCGCAUCUCCCUGCAGAACAUCAAGUAUCUUGUCCUUGAUGAGGCCGAUCGUAUGCUUGACAUGGGUUUCGAGCCUCAGAUUCGCCGCAUUGUCGAGGGUGAGGACAUGCCCCAAGUUCAGGACCGUCAGACUCUCAUGUUCUCGGCCACCUUCCCCCGCGAUAUCCAGAUGCUUGCCCGCGAUUUCCUCAAGGACUAUAUCUUCCUUUCUGUCGGUCGUGUUGGUUCUACUUCCGAGAACAUCACCCAGAAGGUUGAGUAUGUAGAAGAUGUUGACAAGCGCUCCGUUCUUCUGGAUAUCCUUCACUCCAACGCCAAUGGUCUGACCCUGAUUUUCGUCGAGACCAAGCGUAUGGCCGAUUCGCUUUCAGAUUUCCUUAUCAACCAGAACUUCCCAGCUACUUCCAUUCACGGUGACCGUACCCAGCGUGAGCGUGAGCGCGCUCUUGAGUUUUUCCGCAACGGUCGAUGCCCGAUUUUGGUCGCUACCGCUGUCGCAGCUCGAGGUAAGUUCAUAACCACGAUACAAAAACAGAAUAAGAACUAACUACGUUCUCAGGUUUGGACAUUCCAAAUGUUUUGCAUGUUAUCAACUACGAUCUUCCUACUGAUGUUGAUGACUAUGUUCACCG